UAGCGCCAUAUGUUCAAGCUUUUGAUAGACUCAUGAAUGGGAGUAUAGCUGAGUUUGUAAAGAAUAGCAAGAUCCUUGAUGGUGAUGUGAAGACACACGCAGAAAUGGUUCAUGCAGCUUUCCAAGCUCAAAGGGCAUUUCUUCGGUUGACCUCACAUUAUCAAGAACCUCAGGAGAGUGAAGUUGCCAUUCUUCUAAAACCAAUAUCGGACAAGAUUCACGAAAUUCAGAUGUUCAGAGAGAGAAACCGAGGAAGCAACAUGUUUAAUCAUCUGUCUGCUGUCAGUGAAAGUAUUCCAGCUCUUGGAUGGAUAACAAUUUCUGCUAAGCCAGGGCCUUAUGUCAAGGAGAUGAAUGAUGCUGCUACAUUUUAUACUAACAGGGUGUUAAAAGACUACAAACAUAGUGAUUUGCGUCAUGUUGAUUGGGUGAAAUCAUUCUUGAAUAUCUGGGCAGAGCUUCAGGCAUACAUAAAAGAAUAUCAUACUACUGGGCUCACCUGGAGUAAAACGGGUCCAGUUGCCUCGGCAACAUUGGGUUUUCCUGCUCUAAUGAACAACCAAGGCCUUCCUCCUCUUCCUCCGCCACCACCUCCACCACCAGGACCUCCUCCUGUCACUGAUACAGAAAAUGCAAAAGAUGAUACAGCUGCUGCUCGCUCAGCCUUGUUUGCUCAAUUGAACCAGGGAGAAACAAUUACCAGGGGGCUACGACAUGUCUCUGAUGACCAGAAGACCCAUAAGAAUCCCAGUCUGCGUGCUCAAGGAGCACCAAUUCAAUCUCCUACCAAAACCUAUACUUCUGAGUCUCCAAAGAUAUCUUCUCAAAAGAGUUACUCUCCUGUGUUAGAACUUGAAGGCAAGAAAUGGAGAGUGGAGUACCAGGAGGACAAGAACGACCUAUUAAUUUCAGACACUGAACUCAAGCAAGUAGCUUACAUCUUCAAGUGCAGUAAAUCUACAUUACAGAUAAAAGGGAAAGUUAAUUCCAUUAUUGUUGACAACUGCAAAAAGUUUGGCCUUGUAUUUGACAAUGUUGUUGGUAUUGUUGAAGUAAUAAAUUCCAAGGAUAUUCAGAUACAGGUACUUGGGAAAGUGCCAACCAUUUCAGUAAACAAAACUGAAGGCUGCCAUAUUUACCUCAGUGAGGAAUCAUUAGAUUGUGAGAUUGUGAGUGCUAAGUCAUCUGAAAUGAACAUCCUGAUACCACUGCAUGGUGACUAUAAAGAAUUUCCUGUCCCUGAACAAUUUAAGACAUCAUGGGAUGGUUCGAAAUUGGUUACCGACCCUACAGAGAUUAUGGGUUAGCUUCCAUAGGCCAUACAGAAACUGCUGACCAUGCUCUCCAAAGAAAUUCUGCCGGAAGUAGCAGCACGAAGAACAAAAAAGUAGCACUAGUUUGUACCAUGGGUGUCUCCACAGGGGGGCAUCUGGGGCAAAUGAUGACAUGUGCAUUAUGACAUCAUCAUGCAAAUACUACAGAUUAUCUGCUUGUGUCAGAAGGUAGGAUGCAAGUAUAUUAUUGAAGCAUUUGCAUGAUGUCACUAUGCGUGUGUCAUUUCUUGGCAUUAUUGCAGUUUGCUGCUGAUGCCAAUAGUUUAUACUGCAGUUAAUAGGUUUUCAAGAAGCUAUUCCAUGGCCUAAAAUCAGUUGCUUUACAUACAGUAUUUUUUCUCCACUGAGGUAAUCAUUGGAGGAAAAGAUACAUAUAAUGAAAUGCAUAAUUACAUUUCAAGAAGGCAUGGUUUUUUGCCAUGAUUACACAUGCUUGGAAAUCAUUCUAUUCAGUCUCUGUACACUUUUUGUAAGUAACCUGACAUGACAUUUUUAAAGUACCCACAAUUUGCCUUUUUUUGCAGAUAAUGUAUACACAGUAUCAUAUGAAUGUAUAAAGAUGUUAAGAGUUAAGCCAAUGGCUAUUUCAUACAAUAAGCCAAAUCACCUGCAUGAUAUAUUUUGUAAUAUUUCAGUGCAUUCCUUUUUUUAAUGUUUUGGCAGACAAAAGAAAACAGUAACAAUAAAUCGUAUGUUAAAAUAUUUAUUUCAUGGAAUUGAUAUCAGGCACUAAAGCUGGACCUCAAGAAGUUUGUAGUUUUUAAUGCUUUUAAAAGUAAAGUACCAACUCUCUGGAGAAUAUUUGAUAAUGGAAAAGAAAGCCAGAUGUUUUAAUUAUGUUUCAGCGACAUGCUUCCAUCCUCUGUCCCCUAUUUUUAGCACUCUGGAAACUGACAGUGUAGCACCUGCAAGGGCUAUAUCACCUGCAGUAGAUUACAGUAGAGUACACUGAUCUCCACUUUAAAAAGAAAAAUGCCCAAAAUCUAGUGAUACCAAAUGUUUCAAGUCUUCUGUUCUUGCACGAGAUCUUGGGAGAUCAUGGCUUAUUAUUAUUAUUAUUUUGUGACUACUGCUUAAAAAGUUAUUGGCCCAUUUGCUGGAUUUUUAACUUUGAUUAUUUUUAUUUCAAUUUACCUCAGGGUCCCAUUUCCAGAAAGUGUUAAGUUUUUCUUUCAAAAUUUUAAGAUUGUUAUUCCAAAAUUAAAUGUUAAUCUCUGCUGAUAUUUCAUGUGAAUAUCCCUUACCAUUAAGCUUUUUUAAUGAAUAGUAGCAAAUUUAUAAUACAGCCUAACUGUGAAAGCAAUGGGAUUCUGCAAUAAAAUACAAAUGAAAAUGAAAA